CACAAUUUUUUUCGUAGUGCAAUUUGAUAGGUACCAAAUUUCAAAAGUAAUAAUGCUAAUAAAUUGCCAAAAUUCGUUUUUAUGUAGUAUGGUAUCUCAGAUUAAUAAUGUUUAGCUAUAGAAUUCUUAAGAUCGUUGUAAGAAGGCCGACAGUAUUUUCGAGGUAUAAAAGUAGCCUCGGGUUAUGGAAUCACGACAUAACUACAAAUAUCAAACUUGACAUAGAAAAAUAUUGGGCGAAAGAAAUUUUAUGUAACAAAAUUGGAAAUAAAGACACAUAUUAUGUUCUGCCUAUGUUUCCUUAUCCAUCGGGAAAUUUGCACAUGGGUCAUGUUAGAGUGUAUUCUAUAUCGGACACUAUAGCCAGAUUUCAAGAGCUUGAGGGUAAAAAUGUUAUUCAUCCAAUUGGAUGGGAUGCUUUUGGCUUACCCGCUGAGAAUGCUGCCAUUGAGAGAAACACUUUACCCCAUAUUUGGACUGAUACCAACAUUUCAGCUAUGAAAGAGCAGCUUGUUCAAUUGGGAUUUAAAUUUGACUGGAAUAGAGAAAUAAGUACCUGUGAUCCAAAAUAUUAUAAAUGGACCCAAUACAUAUUUUUAAAGUUAUUUGAAAAUGGACUGGCUUAUCAGUGUAAAGCCAAAGUGAACUGGGAUCCUAUUGAUCAAACAGUUUUAGCAGAUGAACAGGUUGAUGACAGCGGAUGUUCUUGGCGAUCUGGCGUGAAAGUUGAAGAAAAAAUAUUAACCCAGUGGUUUAUAAAAACAACAAAGUAUGCAAAGCAUCUAUAUGAAGGUCUUAACAGUAAAAGUUUAGACAACUGGAAAGAUAUUAUUAACUUACAAAAACAUUGGAUUGGAGAGUGUAAUGGUGUUGUAGUAAAUUUUCACAUGAAUGUCAGUAAUAAACAAAGAGGCUUUGAUGUUUGGUCUCCAGAUCCCUACAAAUUCAUACAUGGUCAAUGCAUAAUAAUGAAGAAAGAUAAUAUUAUUAUAAAAGACAUGACAUUGGAUGACAUACAGAACCUUAGGUGCUUUAACUCAAUUACUAAAAGAGAAAUGUUAGUUUUCGUUGCAGACAAUAUAAAUUAUCCGGAAGGUAGAGAUGUCUACAUUGCCUGCCCCUCAAUUGAUUCUGAAGAUUACAAGUUAUGUCUUAGUUUAAAUAUUCCAAUUGCCAAGACAAAUGAUAAAAUUGUAGAUAAAAUUUCUGAAAAUGAAAGAGCAAUUGAUUUAGCCCAAAAGAAUAAUUGUGGAGGUUAUUUUGUAAGUUCAAAGCUUAAAGACUGGCUUAUAUCUAGGCAAAGAUUUUGGGGUACACCAAUACCUAUAAUUCAUUGUCCAAAUUGUGGUAUUGUACCAGUUCCUUAUGAAGAUCUACCUGUCGUUCUUCCUGAAAUAAGUACACAAGAAACCAGAGUUUCAAAAUUGACAUCUUUUAAAUCUUGGCAAAAUUGCAAAUGCCCCAAGUGCUCAAGUGAUGCAACAAGAGAAUCUGACACUAUGGACACAUUUGUUGACUCUUCAUGGUACUAUUAUCGUUUUCUGGAUCCAAAUAAUGACAAGAAACCAUUUGACAAAGAAAAAUUAAUGGGGGUGACUCCAGUUAAUUGUUAUAUUGGAGGUAAAGAACAUGCUGUGCUACAUUUAUAUUAUACUCGUUUUAUGAGUUACUUUUUACACUCACUAGGCUUAACACCAACACAGGAACCUUUCAAAAAAUUAUUAGUACAAGGAAUGAUUAUGGGACAGUCUUAUAAAACAAAAAAUACUGGGAAAUAUUUACCACCUGAAAAUGUAGAGAAGAUUGGGAAUGAAUAUAAAGAAAGAGAAACUGGAGAGCCAGUCCUGGUACAAUGGGAGAAAAUGAGUAAAUCUAAAUACAAUGGCGAAAAUCCAGAGCGUUUGUUAUCAACCUAUGGAUGCGACACAACAAGACUAUUGAUCCUUGCUGAUGUUCCACCUGCUACAAGUAGACGAUGGUCUGAUACUACUUUGCCAGGAGUAUUAAACUUUCAACAUAGAUUAUGGAUAACAAUCAGAGAUUUUCUAAUGCAUAAGCAAAAUGUCGAGUUAUCUACGAAAAAUAUUUUAUCUGAAAAAGAAUUUAAAGAGUAUGAAAAUAAGUUAUGGAAUUCAAGAAAUUAUUUCAUUGCAACUGCUACUUAUCAUUUUAAAUAUACUCACAAACUCAGUGUAGGGAUUUCUCGUCUGCAGAGCUUAACUAAUGUGUUAAGGAACAACAUACCACCUCAAAUAAUAGCCAAUAGCAAAGAAUAUGAAAAGUCAUUAGCCUCUUUGAUCAUAAUGCUGUCUAUAAUUACUCCACAUUUCGGCUGUGAGCUUUGGGCUGGUAUGCGAUCUGCGCCUAACAGAAUAUGCGAUAAUGCCGAUGGAAUUGAUUGGAAUCAAGAGGUUGUUCAGCAAAGAUGGCCAAUUGUGGAUGAAAGUUACCCACUAUCCUUGCAAUGUAAAGUUGAUGGUGCUGAUAGGUGUGACCUGAAAAUAGAAGCGAAUAAGUUAAAUAGUCUAGAUUUAGAUCGUGUAUUACAAAUUGUAAUUGAAGAGAAAGGAGUUGCAGAAAGAAUAAAACACGGAAUAUUGAGAACAAAAUACGAGCUUUACCCAAAUUGUCGCGCUAUAUUACAUAUUUUUACAAACAGAAAAGCAAAGAACAAACUACAAUUAGAAAAAGAAAAGGAAACCUUCUCUUCGCAAGCUUAAGAGGUUUUGUCUCUAAAAACUACAUCAAAGGGGCGAAUUAUACGCAAGUGAAGUAGCUGUUCUUAGACAAUUCAUUAGUCAUAGUAAAGAUAGUUUAACAAUUAUUCAUUGUAAAGUCAACAUCUCCUGAGGAUGCUCGGUUUCGGAGCGAAACGUGCGUAGAGGGUACAUUACCGAAGAUCUUUUUGGUGUGGAGUAAGGAUUGAAGAAAUUAGAAAUUUUCCUGCAAAAUUUUUCUCACAGAUUUUCCUGCUUUUCGCGGAGUAUAGCAAAUUAAGCUUAAUUUUCAUAAGAUAGCUGAUAUAAUACAAUUCCCAGUCUAAAACGCCACAAAAAUGCUUGAAGCGAUAUGUGGUUUAGUGUGAUAUCGGUUGUGUAGCAAGGCUAUGAGUAAAACUGUUUUGAGGAAGACAUCAUACGCGUUACCUACUGAAUCGAAAGCUUGUAGACACUUUCAUACGUAAUCUGAAAAAGUCUUAUAUGUGCCUUUUGAUGUCUCUUCAACUACUUGUCUAAAAUUUACUAGCUGGCAGCUUGUUACCUCUGUACAUACGAUGAGUUUACAACUGUCGCCGUUAAAUCAUGCGUUUUGCAUGAGCACACCAGAUUUUGGAACUACAAAAGAAGACGUACAGUUGGACCACAUGUUGAGAAAGUUAAUGAAUCUGGUGUCAUUCCGCAACAUGCAAUAAAUGUUUCCUAUUAUUUAAACAGUUCUCAAUCAUUUUUUUUAUUAACCUCUCUCACAAUAAAAAGAAAAAUGCUCA